AUGGAUAAAAUGUGUCGAAAUGAUUAUUUUAUUUUUGAUGGUGAUAAGAUACCAGGUAUUUCGCUACAAUUAACAAGCAACAGUAAAUAUAAACCAAAUUUUAAUUGUACCGUGAAAUUUCGUACAGCUCAACCAAGUCAACGAUUGAUUAUUACAAUAGAAAUAAUGGAUAUAACUGAUUGUCCAGGUGACUCAUUACGUAUCUAUGAUGGUACAACAUUACUUAAUAAAGAUUCUAAACAACAAUGUGGUUCAGCUACUUCGUUUACUUUUACAAGUUCAACAACAAAAGUAUCAAUGAUAUUUAUAAGUAAUUCAGCUGUUGAAUCAUCUGGAUUUCAAGCUGCUAUUGCACUUCAUUUUCCAAUGAUUGCUUCAUGUCCGCGAAGUCUUGGUCUUUUUCAAUGUAAAAACAGAAAUUGUAUAUCAAAACAACUUAAAUGUGAUGGACUAGAUCAUUGUGGUGAUGGAACAGAUGAACGGGUGUGCACUCCUGUGUGUUUGCUUCAAUGGAAUACAGUUGGCACGACUGUAGCAGGUGCUGCUAAUGGCGUCGCUGGUGUUACACUCAAUCGGCUCAACCGUCCUCGUGAUGUAUUUUUGAACUCAGACAAUACACUCACUAUCGCUGAUACUGCUAAUAAUAGAGUCCAGAAAUGGACGAUUGGUGCUGCCAGUGGUGUGACAGUCGCUGGUCAAGCAAAUGGAGCAGUCGGAAAUGGUCUAUCACAGCUCAGUUCGCCUACUGGUGUCAUUGUCGACGAAACUAGUACUGUCCUUGUGGUAGAUGAUAUUAAUGAUCGAGUUCAAUCCUGGCCAUUCACUGCAGUUCAGGGCACAACCGUUGCCGGCGCAGGAGGAAAUGGAGCGGGAAAUAAUCAAUUUAGACGUCCAUUUGGUAUUGCACGUAAUGCUAACACAAGAACACUUUACAUUAGUGAUUCUUUAAAUCAUCGGGUGAUGCGAUACUUGGCAGGUGCAGCAGUUGGUGCUGUGAUUGCUGGCGGUGCUGGAGCUGGAAAUGCCAACAAUCAGUUGAACUUUCCAACUGGUAUCUAUUUCGAUCCAACAUCAAAUAGUCUAAUAAUCGCUAAUCGUAACAAUCACAAUAUUGUCCGUUGGGUCAUAGGAGCUGCUACAAGAACAGUUCUUGCAGGUAGUGCUGCUGGAGCACCUGGUAAUACAGCAGCAUUAUUAAGAAAUCCUGAUGGCGUAACGCUUGAUUUCGCUAAAAAUUUGUAUGUGGCCGACACUGGAAACAAUCGCAUACAGUUGUUUAAGGUUGGUCAAACUAAUGGUAUUACCAUUGCAGGAGUACCUGGACUACCCAAUGCUAAUCCCUCUUCAUUACGUAGUCCCAGUGCCGUUAAAGUCGACUCUCAAGGUAAUUUGUACGUAGCCGACACAAUCAACAAUCGAAUACAAAAGUUCACGUGUAACCAAAGUUAA